AUUGUUUCCAGACUAAAGCGGAUUUCUAGCUGCUAAAUGUUUAAGUUAAGCAAGUUCGCCACAGCUCAAGAAGGAAUGAUGAGUCCUUUUUAGAAACUACACUACAUAUUUUUCCAGUGGUUCUUGGACUAAAUUCUUGCAGCACGGUACACUUAGAGACUAGAGUAAGAUUCUAGAAUAAUGUGAGGUAAGUUGGUUUGAAAACUAAGUUUAAAUCGGAGGGCAAAGGAAUCAAAUUAUAAAUAGUUGUACUUUCAAAUUGAUCAGAAGUUCUUACACUCCGCAAACCUUGACCGAUUUUUAAGGACCGUAAGCACAAUAUAAUCUUCUCAUCUUUUACAUAGUUUCAAGUCCCUAGAAUUAUCAAAUCGAAACAUCUUAUAUGAGUUUUAAUGCAAAUUUAAUUCGCUAUGUAAAAACACACUAUUUCCAUGGAUGAGUGGAUUUUUAAAAUUGAAAUUUUUCCCAUGUUUCCUUUUGCAUACUGGAUUUCUAACCAGCAAAGUAAAUUGAUUUGUAAGUAAACUGAUGACUGAGGGUGCCUUAAUCAAAUGGAAACUGUUUAACGAUGCGGUCCGGAAGUUUGUUACUUAUACUUUUCAGCUGAUUUAUAUGAUUACAAAUUGAAGCCCCAUGAAAUUUUUCAACUGAAGAUUGUUCAACAUUGGACCCUCGUGAAAUUUAAUUGAAGUAGAAUUCAACCAGUUGUUGCGUUCUUAAUCAGUGGUAAACCCACUGCUGUAAAUCGUUAUGGUAAAGACGCACAUCGAUCUACGCAUCAUGGCGUCUGCAUGUUGUGUUUGGUUUAGAAUCUUCAGUCUUCAUCCCCGCUCGUAGGCAGUAAUUCGUUUUCAGCUUUACAAGAAACAAACGAAAGAGAAAAGAAAAAAAGUAUGAAAAAAAUUACUCCUUGAGAGAUUGGAAGCAAAGUUGGGCCAGCUUAAACGUCACCAAUAUUCAGUAACUAUUAUAAUAGUAUCAGUUAUGCUGUUAUGCCCGAAUGGCGCAUCCAUCAUGCAAUAGGCCUCGAAUCGGGUAUUUCGUCAAGUUGUAGUUAAAGACCCAUAGCUUAUUAGGGAGUUCAUUACAUAUUGAACAGUUUCUUAAUAAGACUGAGUGUAAAAUAAGCAGAAUUAUGCACGCAUCAGUGUGAAGUGUGUGUUAUAUCCCGGGUCGGAAGGCCAUCUUAGCGGGCGGAUAACAACCUCCGACGUGUUAAAAAAUGAAGCAGCCACCGUAUAUUAUUGAUCGAGACCAAAAAGUAAUGAUGGGUUUUGCGAAACCUUUUUACCGACAAAUUAAUAGAAAACAUCACUAAAUGCAGAAUAAAAAAAUUAACAAACAUAAAUGAUGCUUUGUUUCACCUGACUUCAUUUAAUCACCUUUAUUUUCAUAAAUGAGACAAUUUUAAAUUUUAAUGAAGUCCAAGAUUGCGGUACUUUGUACAUAGGGGGUGGCCAUGUUAUUGACGUCACAUGCAGAUAUUUCAUAACAUAUACGAUUUUAAAAAUAAAUAAUGACAACGACAUAUACUUGUAUUUUCAUCGGUAGGUGGUGAAGGAUGAGUGAUUACAUCAGACGAGUCCUCAUAGGUGAUGUCUCGAAUCUUCCAGCAAAAGAGUCAAAUGUCGUACGUAUAUUUACCAGCUCGACCUUUACAGGUAAAAUACUACCGAAAUUACUACCUGAUUCUGAGCAGAAGCCUAGGCUCCUGUUCUGAGGUUAUGUCAUAAUCAACAUCAUUUUGUUUGAUAAAGCAAGGUACUGAUGUAUUGCUCGUUUUCAGUGUCACGCCAUUCAAAAUAGAUCAAAAUCAAAAUCAAAACUGUUCAAUAGAUUAAGUCCAGAAUCUGGGAAACGAACGGAGGUACAUAUACAAAGACCCUGGCCAAGAUUCAGGUCAGAGGAAUAUUUCGUAUACGACAUAUCCGAAGAAAUGUUUUACCCAAACAUAUAGAAAUUUGUAUGGAGACGCCAUGCUGGUGCUCACCUGAAUGAGCCCCAACAUGGCGGACGGAAACCAACAGAAACAUCUGUUACCAAGUUUUGCUACAAGAGCGUGAAGUUAUUCUUCGAGAAACUCAUAAACAUUAAAGUAAUACUUUUUCUAAUAGACGAACUGUUUAGAUAACAAAAUUUCCUGACAUAAGUCAUUUUUUUAACCUACAGGUAAAUGCCGCGUCACGCAAAAACUUAGAAAUUUUCAAGCGUACUCUAUCACAAAACCAAUAACCCUUUUGAAGCGAAAAUUUGUAUGAAAAUUAGUUUUCUGCUGCUCUAAUACAUUGUGAAAGUAAAAUCUCGGUAGGAUCGAUAGUUUUUUGGUCUGAACUUUAGUGACGUCAUGUGAAAACCAACAAUACACGACAGCUAGAAAGCUUUUGCUGACAUGCUAGAGCAAUACCCGCACAUAGAUACACACAUGUCAUUUUGGUUGAGCAUACUACCGGUGUCUACAUGCCCCUACUCCGGCUGUAUUAACUGCAGUGUGAAAUCUUUUACGUCCCAUGAGAGUCAGUGUUCCUAAUACUGAAAGUAGCUGCCGAGUGUGAGCUGAGAGGGCCUACGGUUUUUGAUCCUUAUCCGAAAAGACAACAAUAUCUGACCAUAGCACAACAGCAGCACAUAGCAUUCUCUUUAGGUGGUGCAGUGCCGGUGGACCGGCCGGGGUUUAAGCCUGCGGUCUCCUAAGGGGCAUCAUCCAGCGACGGUUUCCUCCUUAAUACACACAAAACACUUUUUGGGCUAUCCAGAAUACUUUUAGAUCUCUCAGUAGAACUGCAUUCUAAGCGGCGCCGGGGCAAUAAAAUUUGUACCUGUUCGCUCAUUCUAGGGGAACUUGAAUCUCAAUAAAAAGGGCUUCAGUAUUACUUUCCCGACAAAUUUAGAUGCAAUUUAACGUAUUACGACUGACUAGAUCGAGCUUUUCUGAUUCCUCCCUCGAUCGCAUUUAUGAAUCCGAAAAUUUUAGGUUUCCUUUUUGUAUGAAAAAUAGCCUAACAUGGGCAGUGAAAUGUGAAAAAUUAAACUUCAGUAAAUCGGUGGGAAUUUAUUAGAUAAGCUUCAAAAACUUGUACAUGAAUGGAAUGCAUGGUCAUCUAGAAAUUUUAAGCCGUCCUCAAGUAAUAGAAAAUUCUAGGCAAUAUUUCUCUACUCCGCUCAGAUAUUUUACAAAAAGCAGUCGUUGGGUGCCCCCGUGAAUCUCCCUCUCGGCAGACCGGCGCUUAUCAACUUAACCUAAUAAAUAAGUUGGACGAAAAUCGCUCGUUGAUUCCGUGGGGAUUAAGAGUGCCUAUUGAGAGAGAAGAUUUUGCGGUUUUUGCUUUUUUGCGGCUUCCUCGAUUGCCUUAGUGAAGAGAGAAUUGCCGAUCACGAAUGAUUUGCGAGAUAAAAAUGGCGAUUUAGUGAUGCGUUUUUGUCAAGACGUUGAAAGAAACAACAAACUAGUAGCCUGCCAUUAAUCUCGCAGAAGUUAAGUCGGAAAUAUUUUGAAUAAAUAAUAAAACAUUACUUUUAUUCGGUUUUCCAAUGAUAUGAAGAAAUAGGCACCUCUGGGAGGGUGUACGUUGUCCGCCUCGGCCUUAUUGUAAUUCUUCAUAUCAUGCUCAGCUUCAUCCAAUAACUGCCAAAUAUCCUCCGCCUGCAGAUACCGUGGAAGAGAGAAACCGUCUCAUGCGAGAUGUUUACCCAAGCCUGCGAACCUACUGCCAGCAGCGAGGCUUAGAAUUUCAAGUAGUUGACAUGAGGUGGGGCGUACGCGAUGAAACCACCGCUGAUCACAAAACAAACGAAAUCUGCGUACAGGAGAUCAAGAAUUGCCAGAGGCUUACUCCAGGACCCAACUUUGUGGUGAAUAUGUGUUAAAGUUACUAUGAAACAAUCUCAUUUUCCCUUACAUGACUGUUCUUACCUCUCUGAAUUCAAUAAGCGAGUUAUUUUAUUCAGUGUCUUCUAGGAAAUAAGUAUGGUUAUCGCCCGUUCCCUUACAAAAUCAAAGCAGAUGAGUUUGAACUCUUGGUUGAAGUGGCCCGGGAAAUUUACGAUCAGCCCAAACACAUCGAUUCACUUUUGGAUUGGUACUGGAAGGUGAGGUUAUUUAAAGUUCAAACUAUCCAUAGAAUUUGAAAAACACUUCGAAAAUUCAAAAUCACUGACGAUUUGACCUUGCGACCUUUGUCGCGCCAUGCAUCGCUGCUUGUUAGUUAUUUGAAUGGCUUAUUAGAAUUUUUCAUUUUUGUUUCCAGUCGAAGAGUUAUUUAAGAACUGAGAUGUGGAUUCAAGCUUUUGUUCUAAAGAACCUAACUGAAUCCAAUAAACACAGCCACAGUGAUGGGAAACCUUUGUGAAUUAUAACAUAUAAACAAAUGAAUAAAUAAACACCACGUUUUCUUAGAAAAAUUUUAACUCAAAUGCGCAACUGUGUUGUGAUCAGAGUGACAAAUAUUUGUUGCAGGACUGGCAUUUAGUAAUAUUUUCAUCGGUAUUUGCUUAUAUCCUCCUAAAAAUAUCAAGUCGUAUAUUUAUUGGAAGGAUCAGUGUGAUAUCAUUUAUAAGGUGUCAACUCUCUCUAAGACGGACACCUCUGGGACCUGCCUCUACUGUCCAUCUUGGAGAUGCGUCCAUCUUAUGGAGAUUCGAGGUAACAUGACACCAGUAAAUACUUAAGCUGAACCCAUUCGUCUGUUUAACUUAUGCAAAACUGCUAAAACUGGAACAUUGUAUCAGAAAAGUGGAAUCAUUUUCUUAUUGUACAAUCAAACGUUCAUACAAGCAAACGUUCAUGGCUUUGUGGCCUAAAAGUGUAACAGUAUACACUCUGCAAACUAGAGCAAGACCACAAAAUAUUGGAAAUUGUGCAAUUUACAGUCUUGUAGAGCCCCGUCAUUUCUGUUUUUAAGUAUUUUUCACUUCACAACUCACUUGUCAAGUGUCCGUUGACAGUUUCAAAAGUGUCCGUUAUCCAUAUUAGAGAGGUGUCCAUCUCAUGGAAAGUAUAGUGACAGUAAAAGGACUGAAAAACGGCAGGGACCAACAUCAGGUGUCCGUCUUAGAGAGGUGUCUGUCUCAUAGAGAGUAUAGUUACAGUAAAAGGACUGGAAAAAAAGGAAGGGACCAACACCAGGUGUCCAUCUUAGAGAGGUGUCCUUCUCAUGAAAAGUAUAGUUACAGUAAAAUGACUGAAAAAAGGCAGGGACCAACACCAGGUGUCUGUCUUAGAGAGGUGUCCAUCUCAUAAAGAGUAUAGUUACAGUAAAAGGACUUUAAAAAGACAGGGAUCAACACGAGGUGUCCAUCUUAGAGAGGUGUCCUUCUCAUGAAAAGUAUAGUUACAGUAAAAUGACUGAAAAAAGGCAGGGACCAACACCAGGUGUCUGUCUUAGAGAGGUGUCCAUCUCAUAAAGAGUAUAGUUACAGUAAAAGGACUUACAAAAGGCAGGAACCGACACCAGGUGUCCGUCUCAUAGAGAGUAUAGUUACAGUAAAAGGACUGAAAAAAAGGCAGGGACCAACACCAGGUGUUUGUCUUAGAGAGGUGUCCGUCUCAUAGAGUAUAGUUACAGUAAAAGGACUUAAAAAAGACAGGGAUCAACACCAGGUGUCCAUCUUAGAGAGGUGUCCGUCUCAUCGAGAGUAUAGUUACAGUAAAAGGACUGAAAAAAAGGCAGGGACCAACACCGGGUAUCCGUCUUAGAGAGGGUCGGGCUUAUAGAGAGAAUAGUUACAGUAAAAUGACUGAAAAACGGCAGAAACUAACACCACGUGUCCGGCUUAUAGAGAGUAUAGUUACAGUAAAUGGAGUGAAAAAAAGGCAAGGAUCAACACCAGGUGUCUGUCUUAUACAGGCGUCUGUUAAGAGAGAGUUGACUGUACCUACUGAUCAGUCAGUGUUUAUUGCUGACCAGAUCGCUCUAUUAAAGCCUUUUCUGUCAAUUCUCUUCAACCAAUCAAUCAAUCAAUCCUUUAUUUUAACAAGUUAGGUCGAGGAGCUAAAAAACUCGUUCAAAAUACGAACGUGUAUAACUAAAAUCUCUAAUAGUUACAGCUAUAUUAUAAUAUUAUUCUAUCUUAAAAACAACUCAAUAAAUAUAUAAAAACUUAGUAAUAAAAACGAAAAAUAUAAAAAGCUAAAACCUACUAAAAAGCCAUAUACUAAAAACGUGACAGGAAAACUAUAAGACACGUGGUACUAUGGUAUUAGUAGUGGCAACACUUAGCGACUUUUGAAUAAUGUAUGAAUCAUGGUAAUCUGUGAUCAGUAUUAUUUUAUUUUAUCCUUUAGGACACGAAUGCCAUCCCUGCUGAGUAUGUGCUUCAGCCGAUCACUCACCAUUUUCCAAAUUAUAACGAUUUAAGUGAGAAAAACAGAGAGAAAAACCGAGAAGAAAGAGAACAGUGGUGGGAGAUUUUUCAGUCUUUCCAAAGACUACUCAAAAGGACGGCAAAGGCGGCUAUUGAAAGGAAACAAAUCACAUUACAACAAGCACAUAAGUAUUUCAGUUCAGGUAUGUGUGGGAAUAAGAAACUGUUCAACUUGACAGACAUACCUUGUUUAAUUAGUAUGAAUGAUUAUUAAGCACAGAAUUCUGUAGCUUGAGAAAACAGCCGAAAUUUCGCGGCGUCACCACAGGUUUCCCCGAUCCUGCCUUUCAAGUCCCGCUUUAAAACCAGAUUGUGUCAGUGCACGAGUUCAACCUCUCAGUCACGAUUUUAAAUAGCCAAUUAGUUUGCCUUCUGCCUUGGAGUUUAUAACAAGUCGUGUCUGCCUGGAAUGUCUCUGUUGUGGUUAGUUGAGCGGAGUGCCCCUAAGCUAGCUAUACAACUAAGUGCAUUUUAUUCUAUGAAAACCGAAGCGUUUACUUGACUUUUUAUAUUUCUUUUCCCGUACUUUUCAGUGACUGAGGAAGAGAUUGAAUAUGGCAUUCUGGGUUCUUCAGACCCCAGCGCCCAAUCCCUCUGCUACAUACGACACCUUUCAGACAUUGAAGUUAACCUCGCUGACAAAAACUCUCGAAACUAUAUCGACAUAUCAGAAGGGGAGCAAGACACUGAGGCGCAAGAACUCUUGGACAGACUUAAACGCGACCGGAUACUUCAGAGACUAGGAGAACACAAUGUAACCCACUAUGAAAUCCCGUGGAGCAAUGGAGGAAUCAACGCAUCCGAUCGAAUGCAUGAACAAUAUCUAAACAGCUUUUGCAACAAAUUUGAGGCGGAUAUCCAGAGAUUAAUCGAGAAGAGCUUACAGCAUACUGCGAAUGAAAAAGCGAAAGAAAGCAGCUUGUACAAGGAAGUUCUUCAUCAUUCCUGGUUUUGCCAAGACAAGUGCGCCACCUUUCGAGGUCGCGAGGGCAUUUUAAAGAAGGUUGAAGCAUUCCUAAAAGACUUCGAAAAGAGGGAACCUUUGGUCAUCUACGGAACAUCAGGGUCUGGUAAAACUUCAAUCAUGGCGGUCGUCGCUAAGUCGGCAAGGCAGUGGCUUGGAGAUGGUACCGUGACAAUUUUUCGCUUCCUUGGUACAUCCCCAAACAGUUCAUCAAUUCGAUCCGCACUAGCCAGCGUGUGCAUUCAAAUUUGCGAAGUGUACGGAUUGGACCUUCCAAAAGCAGAUAUUCUGGAAGAUUUUUCCCAGCUAGUUCGAUUUUUUCAUGAUUUGAUCGCCAACUUGCCAGUGAGUGCUGUUAAACCAUUGGUGCUCAUUUUGGAUUCUGUGGACCAGUUAUCUGCUGCAAACAACGCGCAUCUUAUGAACUGGUUGCCAAAGAAAUGUUCAAAAUUUGUGAAAAUUAUAAUUUCUGUUUUGCCGAAUUAUUAUGACAUUCUACCAAACAUUCGUCGAAGUCUUCCAAUCGAGAACUCGUACAUUGAAGUACCGGUGCUAACCAUUGACAUGGGGAAGCAAAUUCUGGAAGCAUGGCUUGAAGGAAUCGGACGAACAUUAACAGAGGAACAAUUCGAGUUAAUCUUAGCCCAUUUUACUCAAUGUCCUCAGCCGCUGUUCCUAAAAUUGAUAUUUACUGAGGCAUCGAAAUGGGCUUCUUACACAAAUGUUCGAGGCUUUGACCUUGGAAGCGACGUUAGUCAAGCCAUCCGCCUUUUGUUCCAACGCCUUGAACGAAACCAUGGGAGAACCCUUACAUCACGUGCCCUCAGCUAUAUCACUGCUGGCAGAAGUGGUCUCACAGAAAGCGAGCUUGAAGAUACCCUAUCACUUGACGAUGACGUCAUUGAUGACGUGUAUCAAUACUGGGAUCCUCCCGUUCAAGGCGUGAUUCGUUUGCCGAACUUACUGUGGGCGCGUAUACGCCAUGACAUAGACGAGUUUCUGACUGAGCGACAGGCAGACGGAAAGACCGUGAUUGCAUGGUACCACCGUCAGUUCUGGGAGACCGCACAGACUCGUUAUUUAUCUGACCCAGAAGAUAAAAGGUCUCGUCAUUCCUUGUUGGCUGAGUAUUUUCAAGGUAAAACUGCAGUUUUGUUUCCAGCUUAGCAAGUGGUUAAAACUCAAGCGUGUUGAUUUACCAUCUAAUGAGUCUUCAAUCACACAUGGAUUGGGAUUUAAAGACAGUUUUCCGUCUUUAAAUUCAGAUUGGACGGUAUCAUUUCUCACUGGAUUCUAUCCUUUACGAGUUCCCCGUCUCGUAGUAGGACUUCGGCUAAUCUCAAAAAAAGGUUUCCCCGUAGAAUAAUUUACCUUUAAGUGUACGGUAACUCACUGAAACGAGUCUGUCAGUUCCAAACAGCUGAUUUUAAGGAUAAUUACAGUCUACUACACCUGUAACUGUUCCAUAUUUAGAUUCAUGAAAGCUAUUGUUUUUUAUAUCAUUUGCAGGCAAAUGGGGCGGUGGACGAAAGAAACACAUUAUUUUGAAUCGUAGGAAGAAAACGCUACCAGACGCUGACAGGCAAGUCUCCAGUCAGCCACAGAUGUUUAGCAAGGAUGUGUUUAACUUAAGAAAGCUCAGUGAAAUGCCAUAUCACCUCAUUUACUCAGGGCGAGCUUCUGCAUUGGACGAUGAGGUCUUGUUCAAUUUUGAGUGGAUUAAUGACAAAUUAAAAGGACAGUCAUUAAAUGAUGUUUUGGAGGACUACGUCCUUGCACUAGAGGUCAGACCGGAGCUGGACGUAAGGUGGGAAUUGGUUAUAGUAAAGUUAAAUUAAGUUAGUUAUCAUACCUCUAUUCCUUUAGGGUUGUUAUUUAAGAUUAAAAGCAAUCUCUUUUUGACGGAAAAAUGGUUAAAUACGGUAGUAGUUUGUUUCGUGGUGAAACUUUGAGAUCAGUACAAGAUUCUGGGAAACUUCCCGCCUACCCCUGCCCUAAUCCAACGUUAACGCUGCUUCUUACCUAAAGCAAAAUAUUGGAUUAGGGAGCAGAGGGUUCAGUCAAGGUUUCAUUUGAUUGUUUGCUUUGCAAAUACAAAUGCAAAAAAAGACUGAAACAGAUACCUUUCAGUGAGGGUAUGUAGCCAGAAAAAUACUACAAAUGACUGAAUAUUGUAUAUAUUUCGAGAAAGGUUGUCGGAAAAAUUGUGCACGAGACAAUCCCGAAAGGUAAUAUGGGAUAUGAUCAAUACACUGUUCCUGACGACUGUAGCUGUCGAACCUACUUUUGUUGCUUUCCUUUGUCGCAAACACAUUCCAAUUCUUUCAAAUUUCUUUGAAAAAAGAGAACUCAAAAACCCAACAAUGCCUUCCAGGAAAACCCCGAAAUAAUCAUGAAGAGCUACCCUGGUUUAAAGUUAAUUCAGGUAUAUUUUGAUGAGAAAACCCCAGCUCUCGUUUUUUCAAGACUUUCAUGCAGUUGUCGUGCUCAUUUAAGUAGUUUAGUUUUGAUUGGUCAUUUCAAGUUCCCAACAGUAUUUGAAAUUCUGUUUACUAGGUUGAUCCAUGAUACUCUAAUCCUUGCCUCGAGCAACAUCAAACAGGAUGUGAAUUGCCUGGCCACACAGCUUCUUGGAAGACUGCUCGCCUUCGGCGGACAGUUUCAAACAAUUCACAGCCUUAUUAAACAAUGCUUUCGCUGGUGCUACGAGCAGCAGUCACCUCUCUUCAUCCCUCAGACAGCGUGUCUCAUCUCGGCUGGUGGACCUCUGAAAACCAACCUACGAGGUCACGAGCAAAGAGUGAACGAAGUUCUUGUCACUAGUGACAAUAAGUUCAUCGUCACUUCAGGCGAAGAUGCUCUUAUUAAUGUGUGGAACAGCACCAAUCUUGACUGCCUUCACACGCUAAAAAUGGCCAGCAAAGGGCAAAGCUGUCUAGCAUUGACACUGGAUGACAAAUAUGUCAUUGGAUCCGCCAAAUCCAGCGUUGGAGUGUGGAAUAUUGAUUCUGGAGAAGCUAUGGCGCAUUUUGACAAUGGAUGUGUGGUCACGUGUUUAGCGACGUCUUCUGAUGGCGCUUAUGUUGUGACAGGUGGUAAUGACGGUACAGUUCAGGUCUGGGGCAUAAUCGAUGGAGCAAAAGAGAGAACGUAUCUCGGGCAUGAAGGUAAAAGCUCUUUUAAACCGUUUUUCCAAAGUUUGGCUGGUGUAAUGUAGUAACAAAGUUUUAACCUUGCAUAAUCAAAUUAGUCAACGCUGCAACAGGUAUAGACUUCGCUUUAGUAUUGCAAAAAAAGCUUUAUCAAAAUAUAUCUUUAAAAGCAUAUUAGGUAAAAGGCUGCCGGUCGAUCUCUGUAAAGCUUGGACAGAAUACAUCUUUAAGCAUUUAUCGAUCCAUUUUUUUGUGAAAACAUUCCCAUUCAGUUUCUUCGUCCUGCGGAUGAAGAAACGCAAAUCCUUCGAAACGCUGUUUUCAAACUGCAACAAAGAUAACAAUUUUUCCCUUUAUAGGACCAAUCAGCGAAAUCGUUCUAGGGAAUAAUGGUGGGGCAAGAGUUAUUACUGGCUCCCAGGACAGUUCGAUCCGUGUGUGGUCCCUAACAGGAGACGAAUGCCUAGCAUGUUAUGAGGGUCACACCGGUUCUGUCCUCUUUGUAUGGCGAUGUCAUAUGACCGUGAGAGCGUCAUUUCUGGUUCAGAAGAUAAAACGGUCAGGGUCUGGGACCUAAAUACAAAGAACUGUGCCACUUUUAAAGGUCACGGAGGUACGGAAAUACAAGCAACUGAGUGACUAUAUCUUUACUGAUAAUAAGGCCAAGGCUGGCCAUGGUUUAAGCGACGUAAAACCGAUUCGAUCUUGUGGUGCGUUUUUUCAGUCAAGGACCCCCGAUAACUUCGAGUGGUCUGUUGUUUCAACUUAAAUAUACUACCCCAUUCUGUAAAUAUACUAUCCCAUUCUGUAAAUUGUACAAACUUAACAAAAACAACUCUAUUAGCUAUAGAGGCGCUAUUCUUUGGAACGCUGUCUCGAGUCAUUUUACAGACCAUUUUAGCGUACAGUCGGUCCAGUCGCUGCCCAGUCACUACCAAGAUUUUAAAUGUUUUUAAGUAUUUUAAGUUUUAAAUGCUGUAGUCAGUUUACUUAGAGGUAACUAAUGUAAAUUCAUUUUAACCUUGUAUUUUUUUUUGGUUAGAAUCUUACUGUAUAUUUUUAGAGUUUUAAUUGUAGUUGUGUUUUGUAAGUAAUGAUAUUCUUAUUUUUUAUGUAGUUUUAUCCAUUUGUAAUUAUUUUUACACGACCCCACAAGAUUUGAGCUUUAAAUAAUAUCGUGUUUACAUAAAGGAUAUGUAUGUAUGUAUGUAUAUAUGUACAUGUUGAGAUUUUUAUUUAGAAAUAUUCUUUUAGUUGCUCGACUUUAUUUUGAGGAUGUAGGGUAAAUCCGUUAUGUCUAUAUAAAAUUUUGUAAAACCUCUAUUUACUGUAUACAUACUUUAACUUUCAGGUUUAAUCAAAUGCCUAGCUACCAUGAGUGAUGGCCGUCGAAUAGUGUCUGGAUCUAAGGACCAGUCAUUAAAAGUCUGGGACCUUGUCACUCUCCAAUGUUGCAUGACUCUUAAAGGCCACACAGACCUCAUUUGGCGUGUGGCUGUGGCUUCUGAUGACAGUUUUAUCGUAUCUGCCUCUAAAGACGACAUGUUAAAA